AUGAAGGCUGCGAUUUUCUUGUUCGUUGUCACUGUGGCAUUAGUUCAAUUCACUCAGCCAAUUGCAGCUUUCAUGCGUAUCAACACUGCGAGGUUGCCACCGUCUGGUGGUUCGAACAGACUCAAUGUGACGGGAUCAGGUCGAUCUGGGCGUGCAAAUAGAGCACGAAACGGACGUUAUCUUGCGGAUGCACUUGGGACUAAUUAA